CACUUCUUUCCAGGCAGGACUCCCCCUCGCUCAGUUUCGUUAUUUUUCAAUGGUGUGCUUCCUUUCUCUCUCUCUCUCUCUCUGCCCGCCCAAACAGCUGCCUGGGUUCCCCAGUUCACCGGUCGUCACGGCGAGCAGAACGUCCAGGUCGAAGCCAUCCGGUACGUUAUCGGCGCCCCGGACUGUGGCUCGAUGCAAAAGUGGCCCAUCUUCCACUACGAAAAGAGCGAGGACAAACUGAUCCUGUUCCCGGACGGGAAGCUGCGCCACCUGAUAGUGGAUCCGCAUGCGCGCACCGAACCCGAGGACGAGUGGGACCAGCUGUACGCGGCCGGGCUGCACUCGGAGGCGCCUUUCCAGUACGAUUACGAGCAGGGCCAGUACUGCAUGGACAAGGUCGUGGCCAGCAACGAGCACCAGUCGGACGGGCUGUACGCGACGGUUUGCUCGCCGGAGAAGGCCAUCCGCUGGACGGACAGUGACUUUCUGCUGCGCAAAAUUAUCAACCCGAUUUGUCACGGCAUUGCGAUGAUUAUCCUGCUGCUGGUGGCGAUUGUGUAUUUUGUGCUGCCCACUUUGAGAGACCUAGUCGGCAACAUCGUCACCUCGAUCACGGUGUGUCUGAUCAUCAGCCAGGCGGCCGAUCUGGUGCGUAUCUUCACCGAGUUCAGCAACCACGUCAGCUUCGUCGUGGCGGAUUCGUUCUUCUACAUCAGCAUGCUGGCCGCCUUUUUCUGGCUCAACAGCAUGGGCUACUACAUCUGGAAGACUUUCCGGGCGCGGAAUGUGUUCCUGCGGGUGACUGACGGCCGGAAGUACUGCUGGUACUCGGCGUACGCUUGGGGUGCUACCGGGUGCAUGGCCGGAGUGGCCAUCUUUUCGCACUUCUUUUUGGACGGGGCGAAUGCUAGGAAGAACUCGAGUAUUUUUGAGGAUCAGGACAGCAUCGGAUGGUUGGGAAUUGCGGUGUUCUUCACGCCGAUUGCGUUCAUCAUUCUGGUCAACAUCUUCUUCUACGUUACGACGCUGAAGUUUAUCAACCGGAUGAACACGUACGGCAGGAUUCACCACAAACUGAAGAACAACUUCGUCAUGUUCUCGCUGCUUUUCCUCAUCAUGACCACCUCGUGGCUGUUUCUGAUCCUGUCCUGGCUGCACUACGACGCCCUGCUAUACACCCACAUCGUGAUCAACGCCCUGCAAGCACCCUUUAUCCUGUACGUGUGCGUUCUGCGGCAGAAGCACGUGACCUUCCUGCUGAAAAAGUCCUGCUGCUACAACGAGCCCCCGCAAAGUUCCGACUGGGGCGACGAGAUGACCUACAUGAACGGGGGCGACUACUGACCCCGAGCUGUGGCCACCAUCAGCGGAAGGCGGAAAGCAUCGAUGAAUCUCGUGAGCCUCAACAGUAACGAGCUCGGAAUCUAUCGGAAAGAAACUUCUGCCUGAUCUUCCCUUGUGCGACUUCCAAAAAAGAAAUCUACUUACAGAACAGACAUUCCUGAAUCGAAGAUUACAAGAAGAUGCCUAUUAUACAAAAAGUGCUGCAUUAUGUCAUAAGAUAGAAUCUCGUAACAAACGUCCAGUUUUUCUCUAAUUUCACUAGGCUAUAAAUUAUUAACACUAGCUUGUAAGAACGCGCUGCUGCUACUCGAUGUAAGAUAAAACUUUUUGAGAGAAAUAAAAUGCUAGAACAGAAUGUGACUUGUGCGAAGAAGAAUUUGUGUUGUUGUUGUAGGAUUAAGUUAGAAUUAGGCAAAACGCAAAACACUCAAGGUGAACUAACACUAACAAAGAGACUCAAUAAAGGUUAGGAUAUUGUAUGCUUA